GGGAGUGAGUAGCGGGCUGACAUUCGCUAAUAGACUUUGCCAGGCCGAGAUAGGAGAGAAGUGCUGGUAAGGAGGCGGCAGGGAGGAGAUUAGUCAGUCAAAGCUGCUGUCAUUUUUAUAUUUAUCCGCACGCACUCAGGCAGCCCGCUUCCUUUCUUAUUAACUUCCAUUAACCUUAUAGGUUAGUCCGUGUUCUUUCCUUCCGGUUAGAAGCUAAAGUUGAUUUGCGGAUCGGUGCUUAAUGCCAGUAUGCCAAGCCAGGUGAGAGGCAGAGAAGAUGGGACCUGUGCAGAAGAUGCCACCUACAAUCCUCCAGCGCUUCUUCAGCGUCAUGCCCAUGUCCCAGACUUCAGCACAUACACAGAGAUGUACAAGCGGUCAGUGCACAACCCACAAGAGUUUUGGUUGGAAGUUGCCUCUGAAUUCUACUGGAAAAAAACUCCUUCUGGAAAAGUUCUGGAUUAUAAUUUCGAUAUAAACAAAGGCAAGAUUUUUGUGGAGUUUAUGAAAGGGGCAAAAACCAAUGUCUGUUACAAUAUCCUGGACAGGAAUGUUAUGGAGAAAAACCUGGGAGACAAGACAGCGUUUUUCUGGGAGGGCAAUUCCCAAGCUAACUCUUCAGUCAUCACAUACUGGGAACUACUCAAGCAUGUCUGCAAGUUUGCAAAUGUUUUAAUCAAAUUAGGGGUAAGGAAAGGGGACAGAGUGGCCAUAUACUUGCCAAUGAUUCCAGAGUUGGUAUAUGCCAUGUUGGCAUGUGCACGAAUUGGAGCUGUUCAUUCAAUAGUAUUUGCAGGCUUUUCCUCGGAAUCACUGUGCGAAAGGAUAUUGGACUCACAGUGUGUAGUCCUUGUUACUGCAGAUGGAGUCUUCCGAGGAGAAAAACCAAUAAAUUUGAAACAAAUCGCAGAUGAGGCGUUGCAAAAAUGCAAAGAAAAAAUGCACCAUGUGAAAAAUUGUGUUGUGGUGAAGCACCUCAAGGGAAGGCUGAACAAUCAAAAUGAAGGAAAAUUUCAGACAGCCUGGAAUUCAGAUGUUGACAGAUGGCUGGACGAGCUGGUGGAAGAUGCCAGCGACGAGUGUGAGCCAGAAUGGCUGGAUGCUGAGGAUCCUCUUUUUAUCCUGUAUACAAGUGGCUCUACUGGGAAGCCAAAGGGAGUGGUGCAUACAGUUGCAGGCUACCUUCUGUACACGGCUUUAACAUUCAAAUAUGUGUUUGACUACCAUGAGGAUGAUGUGUACUGGAGCACAGCUGACAUUGGAUGGAUUACAGGCCACUCAUAUAUUGUAUAUGGACCUUUGGCCAAUGGAGCUACAAGUGUGAUGUUUGAAGGCAUUCCUACCUAUCCACAUGUCGGGAGAUUUUGGGAAAUCGUUGAAAAGUACAAAGUUACCCAGUUUUACACAGCGCCGACUGCGAUUCGAUUGCUAAUGAAAUACGGAAAUGAAGCUGUUCAAAAGUUUGACCUAAAUUCUUUGAAAAUUCUGGGUACUGUAGGAGAACCCAUAAAUUCUGAAGCUUGGCUGUGGUUUUACAAUGUUAUUGGCAAUCAGCGAUGUCCGAUUGUUGACACUUUUUGGCAAACUGAGACAGGUGGCCAUGUGGUAACCCCCUUGCCUGCCGCUACGCCUCUGAAACCUGGAUCAGCUACCUUUCCAUUUUUUGGAGUUGUCCCUGCUGUUCUGAAUGAACAUGGAAAGGAGUUAGAAGGUGAAGCUGAGGGCUACUUGGUAUUCAAGCAGCCAUGGCCAUCAAUAAUGAGAACUCUGUAUGGAAACCAUGAACGCUAUGAAAAUACCUACUUUAAAAAAUUCCCCGGGUAUUAUGUCGCAGGCGAUGGUUGCAGAAGGGAUAAAGAUGGCUACAUCUGGAUUACAGGAAGGAUUGAUGACAUGCUUAAUGUUUCAGGACACCUGCUAAGUACAGCGGAGGUUGAGGCAGCCUUGACAGAGCACCCAGCAGUGGCAGAGGCUGCUGUUGUGAGCCGCCCACACCAGGUAAAGGGAGAAUGCCUCUACUGCUUCAUCAUUCUAAAAGACGGCAUGAAAUAUACAGAACGGAUUGCAGAGGAGGUGAAGAAGCAAGUACGUGAAAAGAUUGGACCUAUUGCAACUCCAGAUUUCAUCCAGAAUGCUCCCGGAUUGCCUAAAACCCGAUCAGGAAAAAUCAUGAGACGAGUUCUCAGGCAAAUUGCUCGAAAUGAGAAGGAUUUGGGAGACAUAUCGACUCUCGCAGAUCCAAGUAUUGUUGAAGUCUUAUUCAGUCAAAGAUGUGAGGCAGCAGCAUGAAGGCCUAUUGCAGAACAUGGUAGCCUGGACUGGACAACAUCAUGUACUUCAGGAGCAUUUUCCAGAUACCUCAUAUUUAGAACUAUUACUUACAUAGAUCUUCAGACCUCGGUUCAGUGCAGCCAAACUGGGAUGCCAUUGCUAUAACUAGACACGUCACAAUGAUUGCCCAUCUUUUGGCAACCUGAGGAUUCUCGGUGCUGAUGGGAAGAGAGAGUCUUGAAAGGAAACUUUCCUGCCAAUGAUUGUCCUGCUAUGUUUGUUUCUAAAUACGUGACCUUAUUGUGACUAUACCGCUCAUAUUGGCUGCUUCUUCUCUUCUCUGCUUUUCAUUCAUUCUGUCUCUCUUAUGGUCUGCAAAGCUUGAUUUAUUUUCCCAAAAUAAGGUUAAUGCCACACUGAGAUGUCAAGUUGUGGCAACAAAAUUCCUGGAGUUGCCCCAGCAAUGAUCACGUGUGAAGAUGGUGGCUUAUUACUGCUCAUAUAUCCUGAGCUUGAUAUACUAACACAGGGUCAAAAUUGUAUAAGGGCUGUAACUCAUAGCAACUAGACAUAUUCUUUUUAUCCUAGCACUUACUGGUUGCUCUGUGUUACUGCACUAGUAUAGUUUCACACCUAUGGGUGUUAUUUAUUCCUAUAUUGUCAGUAAACUAAGCCACACAAGCAGGAAAUCCCAUGAAUGUUGAUGUCACUUCCCUAAAUUUAAUGAAGUGAAAUUUGUAAGACAGAUAUAAAAUGACAGAAAUGUAUGUAAAUUACAUAGAUUAAUUUCUGUUUUGUUGCCACAACUUACAUAUAAAAACUGUUAUAUCUUCUUGAUUAUUGCCUUGUUGAUUUUUAAAGGUAAGUUGGGAGAUGCAGGUUGUAUGUACUUUGCUACAGGUUUCUUUCAAAGUGCAAUAUUAUAGUGAGAAGUAACUGCAGCUGCUUUGUAGGAAUGGAUUAGUGCGGCUGCUGAUGGUGAGGGGCAGCGUUGAUGCCAUCUGAGAAGAGCAUUCAGCCCAAGUGUGCAUGAAGUCCAAUAGCAGCAACCAGUGAGACAAUAAUGUUACUGAAACCAAUGAAUUGUGUUAAUGUGGGUUUGUUAAUUUUUAUUAAUGUCAUUGUAAAAAUCAAAUACCUCUUGCAUAAAAUACCACAUUGCCCUUUCAGAAUAAGCAGAAAAAACGUCCUACAAAAAGUACAUAUUUUCUUCUGUUGCCUUUGGGGGACUAUGAGUGUAGCUUCCAUUGCUAGGAAGCAGGACACUAGAAACAAGACUCCUCCAACUGCAACUGUACCUGAGCACAGCCAUGACUUGUUUUCUGUUUAUUCUGGUGUCCUCAGGGGGCAUGAGUUGGGUCUGUAACACGAUGAGUGCCGUAGUGCAGGAUUAGCCUGGGCACCAGGGGAUUGUUGAAAACACUUUUGAUACAUAUUUUGCUUGCUGCCCUUUGUGUGUCCUUAUACUGUAAAGACAUCAGAAAUCCCUUUGCUGUAGGACAAGAAUAACAGAAUGGCCCUUUGGGGAUGAUGGGAUUUGUAGAUCAGCAACUAGAUAUAAGAAAACUUAAAAAAAUACAUUUUCUCUUCAGUUUGCGAUGAAUGGGACAAAAUGGCAGAGUGUGUUUGCUGUUCUCAGAGACUGUAGCCUGUGGCCAGAUCAUUCAGGACAUAGACACAUCAGGCAGUAGUGCAGAUUCAAUGCACACAUUUUGGCAUUUAUUCCUUUUUUUUUAUUUCUAAAAGGAGGAUCUACUCAGGAUACGGAGGGUGGAGCUUGCCUUUAUGUGUGUGAAUGCAAAGCUUUAUCUGCUCUCUAACAGCCUCCUGCUGCGCAAUAUCUUAUAGGAAUAUGCACUGAGCAUCACAAAUUUCGCACACACUCGCGCCAGAUAAUGACUCUACAACUGAAUGAGAUAUCUAUACAACUAUGAGAACAAUGCAACGGUGAAAAAAUAUGCAUGUUUACAUACUGUUCAUAUACUUGAGAUUGGGACAAAUAAGAAAAAGAGUUGGAGAAUUAACAGUCAGGCCUAUACAGAGAUGUCCCUAAAUGAGACGCUGAUGUUGAUUCUCUCUUCUCUUUUGAGUCACUUUGUGGGUAGGCAGUGGGCAGCCAUUAUGGAGCCAUUAUCAGAGGCUGUUUGGGAUCCCUAGGCCCCCAAUUGGCAGCCCAGUAGUAAGACUUUGAGUCAGAAGUGUCCAUGUCCAUAUCCCCUGGCAACCAUGGCGGCUUAAGCCAUUUCCAAGCCACUGAUCCUGCAGGGGCAAACUGUCUGUAACGCACAAGCAGAAUAGUGUAAAUAAUGGAGUAAUCAAACCUUUUUAUUAAUUGUCUUGGUAUUUUCUGUAAUUGGGAACUACAUUUUUAUAUCAUAUAUGUCCUACUGGAGAUUUUUAAGGAACUGAAUAAUUUGGUUUGUGUAAAAAUGUUUCAAAUUCUGUUUAUUGUUAAUAAAUUUAAUGUAAGCA